CAUACAAAGGAUCAAACAGGAGCAGGACCUCAGCAUUUUUACCCUUUCUUACAAAUGGAGGAACACAAAGAUGAUCAACACUGUUUUCAUAACUCUUCUUGCAGGAAGGCUUCGCUAUCGACAUCUAUUUACAUAACACUGUACAUUUUGUUCUCAUUAAUUUCAGCGGUUACAGUAUUUUUGAACGUACUGGUGAUCAUCUCGAUCUAUCACUUCAAGCAGCUCCACACUCCAACCAACCUGCUCAUCCUUUCUCUGGCUGUGACAGAUUUCCUGGUGGGACUGAUUGCGAUACCAGUAGUGACUGUGGCAGUAAUGGAAUCAUGCUGGGUUUUUGGGAAAUAUUUCUGUGUGUUUUUUCUCUUCAUCGGUUACUUAAUUAUUUCUUUAUCUCUGGGCAAUUUGGUUUUGAUAUCUAUUGAACGUUAUGUAGCUGUGUGUUAUCCCUUGUUGUACCACACAAAAAUAACAAUACCAAGAAUUAUCUGUUGGAUAUUGAUUACCUGGUGUUGGUGUAGCAUAUACAACACUGCUAUUUCAAAUAACUCUGUAACUGUACAGGUACCCAAAAUGUGCUUUGAAGAAUGUUUUAUUUUAGAAGGAUUUAACUGGAGUAAAACCAUUGACUUUGUAAUUAUAAUGGUUGUACCAUGCUAUAUUAUUAUAACACUUUAUUUCAAAAUUUUUGUGGCUGCCAGAUCACAGGCCAGAAAGAUAUUUUCAAAAGAGGCUGCCACCAAGUCUGGUGUUAAAAUUGUACGGGCAAAUAAGUCUGAGAGAAAAGCAGCAAAAACUCUAUCUAUUUCUUCCUCCUCCACCCCCUCUGCUGCUUCUCCAUGGACAUUUACCAUGCCCCCACCCCAGUCUUCCUCCACCCCCUCUGCUGUUCCCCUCGCCAUCAACAGACAUUUUACCAUGCCCCCAUCCCAGUGGACAUGUAUCAUCGCUACAGUUGUUAAUAAGUACUGUUAA